CUUAGCUUCUCUUCAGUAUGAGAACUCUCAUCCCCUUCACUUACUCUCUCCUGAUAUCCUGAAAAGAAAGUAGCACAAAAUCCAAUUAUCGCCAUCACAAUCCCAAAUAUCAACUUCCAAACCUCCCUGCUGAUCAUAACAACAGGGAAGAGCAGACAGUUGAGGAUGUAGAAGGCCCAGAAGCCGAUGAAGUAAUUCCCAGUGAUAAGAGUUCAUGCCCCUAUUGUGAUGAAGGGAGAUAUACAUUGUAUUAGUUUUAGUGUUAGGGGUACUGGAGUUUCCUGAAAAUACUCUGUGGUAUUGUUAUCUUCUAGUUUGUCCAUUUUGGGGUUAUACAUACAAACUUGGGU